AUGGUUAGCUGCCCCCACAAAAACGACAUUUGGUCCAACAUCUCUGAACAAUUCUUGGGAUAUCCCAAAGUUGCCAAUCCACAACAAGUAUACCAAUCUAUAGUCAAUUUGAACCUGAAGACAUACUUCAUCUACAAUCUCGACAUCAAGAUUACAAUCUUCGACCUGUUUGCUGCCACCAUUCGUAUGAUAUGGAGAUUCCACCUCCUACAUACAUUCGAAGGAAUGCCUUUUGAUACCAACUAUGUCACCACCAAGGUUUGUGCCGAAGCGAUGAGAUUGUCAGAUCUCAAGCAUUAA